AUGGUCUUCCAAGACGCCAUCUACGACCCGACGGCCGCAUACCUGCACUAUUUCUACCACCCGCUCGCGGCGGGCGCGCACGAGACCCGGUCGAGCGUCUGGUAUGCGGCGGGGUUGUUGCAGCGCAAUCGCGGCGACGAUGUAUACGAGGCCGUGCGCAUUCUGGAAAAUGUUAUCGGGGACCAGAAGAAGAACCCGUCGGUGCUGUGGUACGGCGACUAUACCAAGUACCCGGAGCAGCCGAUCGUGGGGACUGCGGUGUACCCUGCAGUGAUCUACAACUCAUGGGACCCCAACUGGCGUGACUUCAUUGGGACAGUCCUAAUUAUUAUUUAUAAGGAAUUCCGGCCGCUGCUGCCCGAGCACCUGCAAUCUUGUCAGAGCACAUAAGUGUGUGGAUUGGAGAUAGAUACAGCUAUGUGGCCCUUUCUCGAAGAGGUAGUAAGAUCCGAGGUUACAUAACCCCAGAUAUGUUAUACUCUCUAUAAACAAGAAGA